UGUUGUCCCAAGGUGGUGCCAAUUUCACAGUUGUCUUGUUGUUGCUAAAGUAUUCCGUGUAGCCCGUACUAGCCCCGCUCAAGAAACAUCAUGUCAAAGAACAAUUUGUACAAAUUGUUCAUUCAUGCUGUGGAAAACUUUACGAACAACAAAGCCAUAACGUUUUCUGGGGAUACCGUUACAGAAUUAACUUAUUUUGAGUUGUGUUCUCGAGUGCAGCAUCUCAGACUGAAAUUCGAAGAAAUCUUUUUUCACAAUGAAGUUAUUGGAAUAUAUUCUCGCGAAUGUUUAAACUUACCCGUAAUUCUUCUGGCAGUUUUGGGUGCAUCGGCGGCAUUUUUCCCUAUAUCAUUGGCACUGCAGCAAAAAAAUUUAGUGAACAAUGUCGAUAUUUGUUCUAUCCGUUAUAUUUUAAUUCAAAGUGAUUUAACUGCACAGAUGUGUCUUAAAUGUGAGGGAAAUGCAGAAAAAACGAAUAUGGAAAGAAUACAAUGCGAACUAUUGAACGAAAUAGGAUAUUCGUUGCUUAAAGUGACUAGCACAUCACCAUAUAUAAAUAAUGAUGUACAAGAUCUUGCAUAUGUCAUGCAAACAUCUGGCACAACAGGACUCUCAAAGAAAGUUUAUGUGCCUCAUUCAUGCAUAGUACCAAAUAUCAUCCAUCUCAGUACGAUAUUUGAAAUAUCUUCACGUGACGUGGUAUUUAUUUCAUCGCCCUAUACGUUUGAUCCUUUUGUUGUUCAAAUGUUUCUCGCUCUAUCUAAAGGUGCUGAGCUCUUAAUGGUUCCACAAACUUUCAAACUAAUUCCAGAUAAGCUUUGUCAAAAAAUAUUUGAGGAGCACCAUGUGACAGUAUUUCAGCCUACGCCGUCGUUGAUGUAUUUUAUUGGAGAAGAUUUGAUAAGGUCGAAGAUACUUAGUGAGGAAACAACUCUUUCCGUCCUUGCUUUUGGUGGAGAGACAUGUCCUUCUCUAUCAACUUUGCGAAAGUGGAAGAAUAAAAAAUGUCCCACAAGACUUUAUAACGUCUACGGUAUUACAGAGGUCUCUAGUUGGGCAACAUGUCACCUAAUUACCGAUGAAGAACUUGAUACUGCUGCCCUUGAUGUUGAUUGUGAAAUGUCAAACACGUGUGAACUUGGAAAACCUUUACUACAUACAAAAAUUUGUAUACGAAAUGACAAUGGAGAAGAAAUCACUUCUGGUUUCGGUCAUUUGUUUAUUGGGGGAGAAAAACGGCGCUGUUUAUUGGAAGGAGAAAGUGGAAAAGAUGCGCCAGUUAUGAGAUGCAGCGGCGAUGAAGUGCGUGUAAAUAAUGGUCACAUAUGGUAUUUGGGACGUUCUGAUAAUCAGAUCAAAAGAUUUGGCCAGCGAAUCAAUUUAGAUCAUUUAGAGAUAACUGUUCGUAAUUGUGAUGAGGUUUCUUCUUGCGCUUGUGUUGUGGAAAACCUGUCAACUUGUGCUAAUGGCUUAUUGCUUCAUAUGUUCGUUGUACCAAAGCUUUUGUCAUCCAGUGCCGCUGAGAGUUAUACCACUUUGCGGGAACGGAUUAAUGACUGUCUGCCGAGAGCGUCUGUGCCUGAUCGCAUUCAUUUGAUUCAACAAUUACCUUUGACGAAUCAUGAGAAAGUUGAUAAACAUAAACUUCUCAUUAUUGCUAAAGAAAAUUGGACUUCCUGUAACACAAGUGAACUAUUUGUAGAUGUAGCAAUCUCGCACAUGUGGAGCGAUUGCUUGAUGAAGAGUUUUAAGCCACCUGAGUUAAAUAAUAGCAGAGGUGUUUUUUUUGACGAAAGGUCGAUUUUUCAGAAGAAAAAGGUGAACGCAGUCAAGACAAACGAAAUGUUUAUGUUGCAAGGAGGCGACUCUUUUCGAGCUGUGCAAUUAGUUGGACAAAUUGAGAAGUGGAUUGAAACACGUGUAGGGUAUCCCAUUCAAUUACCGCAUUUGUUUAAUAUCAUCGUCAACAAACCUUUUCAUUGUGUUAUUAGUUAUGUGAUGGAAACGUUAAAAGAAUUUAAAAAUCGUACUAUGAAUUGCGAAAGCGAUUGUCAUAAGAAAAUUAUCGUCAGCAAUGACGAUGCCGACAGUGGUAAUGACGCAAAUAGUUUCCAAAGUCCGAUUAGAGAUGUUAGCUCUUUGUUUAGUCCAGCAUACUCCAUGGUACGAGACAUCUGUGCGUGCUAUUUCAAACGAGGUGCACAAAGACAAACAUGUUUAGCUUGCGCAGACUCUAAUGCUUGCCUAUUAUUUUAUAAGAAUGACAAGUACAUAAAGGAUUCUGAUUUGCGUUUGAAGUGGGAAGUUUGCAUGGAAAAAUGCAUUGAUGCUUCUCCUCUUGUUGUUACCUCAUGCUUCAAGGGAAAAAGCACUGUCUUCAUUGGCUCCCAUUCGCACCUUUUUAUUUCGGUUUCCUUGUCCACUGGAAACUUGCUAUGGAAGAAUCGUCUUGGUGGCAGAAUUGAGUCUUCAGCUUGUCUUUCUCAUUGUGGUCGUUACAUUAUUGUUGGUUGCUAUGAUGGCAAAGUGUACGUUUUGAUAAAGACAACUGGGGUCAUUUGGUGGGUAUAUCAAACACAAGAUAUUGUAAAGUCGUCUCCUUGUCUUGAUCAAGAUACAGGACUGAUUUGGAUUGGAUGCCAUGAUGGUCGUUUGUACGCGUUAGAUGUUGAUCUGAGAGUUUGCCAAUUGAUAGUGAAUUGUGUCAGCGGAUCUUGUUUCAGCUCUGCAGUUGUUUCUUACGAUCCACAUUGUGUAUACAUUGGCACACUUGCGGGAUACUUUCUUUGUAUUGAUGCUCAGAUUGGCAAAACCAAGUGGCUCAAGCAACUGGAAAAGCCGAUAUUCUCUACUGCUUUAGUUCAAGGCAAUACUGUAGUUGUUACCUUAGUAAAUGGGUUGGUCAAGCGGCUCAGUUAUUCUGGCGAUGAAAUUUGGGAAUUGCAAACAACUGAUUCAGUUUUCAGUUCUCCUGUUUCUUUGGCAUCCAGUGCUAUGUCUAGCAAAGACCUUAUUAUUGCUUCUCAUGGGCAUAAAGUGCAUUGUAUUUCUUUUGAUGGUCACGUAAAAUGGACAACCAAGCUGAACGGCCCUGUCUAUGCUACACCAAGUUCCAUCAAUAGCAGAAGCAAAGCUGCAAACAGUUGUAAGCUUUAUGUGGACAGUGCUUGCUUUGUUGUCGCGACAACAAAAGGCACUGUAUAUAUCUUAGCUGAAACUGACGGAAGUAUUUUGAGAACUUUUUCUUUACCCGGGGAGGUGUUCUCUUCUCCUGUGAUAGUUGGACAAGAUGUAGUGGUUGGAUGCCGAAAUAAUUUUUUGUACUGCAUUACCUUUUCACAAUAAUUCUAUAGUUAGCAUAUCUACUUAUAUAUUGCAGUCAACUUUAUGAUGUCUGUGUUCUUUUUUAAAAAAUGUUUAGUGGUAUGGAAGCUUAAAUAAUAAAAUUGAAAAUCAAACAAUCCUUACCAGAAAGAUGAUGUUUGAUGAGAA